AUGAUGCCCCUUCGUCAUCUUCUUCAGCGAGAGGAAUUGCAGAGUGCAAAAGGGUUUGAUUUUAUGAGGUGUAGGUAUGGAAAGGCGAUGAAAGAUAAGUCCAAUCAAGUUGAACAUUCUUACGUUAAUCCCAAGCUUGUCAGAACUGGCAAGGCAAGUACUAGUACAGAUGUCUUUGCUUUCGGGGCAUUUAUGCUGGAAGUAGCUUGCGGACAAAGACCUCUAAAGGUCCAGGGAUUGAUUGAUGAUAUGAGUUUGGUUCGGUGGGUUUUGGAGAAAUGGAAAGAAGGAGCAAUUCUUGAUGCAACUGAUCCGAGAUUGGAAGGUGAUUUUGUGGUAGAGGAAAUAAAGUUGGUUUUGAAGCUAGGCCUGCUUUGUUCGCACUAUAAUCCGAUGACUAGGCCUAGCAUGAGGCAAGUGAGGCAGUAUUUGGAUGGGGAAGUUAUCUUGCCCGAAGUAUUUAUGGAUAUUGAAGGUGCUGGCAUGACUGCAUUAUUUGGGAACGAAGUUUCAAAUGCAUUUGCAAUGACAUUACCUUCAUCAUGUGUUUCUGCUAAUGCUAUGUCUACUGAAUCACUUCUUAACGUAGGACGUUAA